AUGGGUGAAUGCACUGCCGAAGACAAGAGGGAGUGCUACGUGCCAAUGCCGUCGCUCGGCCACGAAUUGGGCAUUCUGUUCGGCUUCCUCGCGCUCAUGCUUGUCUGCAUGCUUUCGUACGGCGUCAUGUGGCAGGUCGGCAACAGGCGCUCCCUGCGCAAAGAAGAGGAGCGCAUCGCCGCUUUGCGCGCAGCCGGGCACCUGAAAGACGAGAAGAGCUCAACCGAGAGCAACGCUGCCGCCAAUCGAGCAUAG